AUGAAGGCAGGGGCAGCUGCUGAUGAAGACUCUGAUGACGAGCCCGAGAAGGCGCUGACACAGGACCAGCCUGACAAUGAGAUAAUACCACCCGGUGAUGACCAACAUGAGGAGGGCCGUGCUACUGCUGGUGCUGAAGACUCUGAACCGGACGAUGGCCUCAAGGCCCUCCUGCUCUACAAUGACACUCAGGAGCAACUCAUCGAGUGGGUCCGGGAGCACGAACUUUUGUGGAGGAAGGGGGCCACCGAUUACAAGGAUACAAAGAAGAAGACGGAACUUUGGACCAGGAAGGCAAGAGAGCUGAACAUUGAGGAGGGAGCUGAAGUUCUCAGGACAUGGUGGAAGUCAGUCCGGAACCUCUACGCUAAGCUUAUCUGCAAGAAGUCUUGCCAGGCUGCAGCGAACUUGACGGACAGAGAACUGUUUAUCCAGAGGAACUGCGCCUGCCUGCACAAGGAGGUCAAGCCCAGGAAAGGCCAGCCACUUAGAAACAUACUUCUCACACAGGAAACUUUAGCAAACCAGCCUCCAAAAGCCCAGCCCUCGGCGUCGACCAGCAUCUCUCGCCAGCCUUCCCACGACGUCGAGGAACAUGAAAAAGACGAGGGUUCCCUCUCACUCAUUGAAACUUAAGCGGCACUCAUGAGGUCCCAGGGCACCCCACCUCCACUAGCUCUCUCCUCCACCACCACCAGACCACGCCGUGCCGCCACCAGAGCCGAGCCUGAAGACGCCCCUGCGAUGCUGGAGAUGAGAGAUAGUAUGAAGGCUACCAACGCCCUCCUGGAGAGACUGGUUCAAGUCCAGGAGAUCAGCCAUGCAUGACAGCCCUUCAUCACGUACAUGUCCCAGUUUCUCCAACAACUACAUGAGGCCCAGUACCAGCUCACAGUAGAGAGAAUGACAGCCAUCCUCCACGAGAUGCAGCGAUCCAUCCCCCACCCCAUCCCUCCAGCUCAACCACCUCCAGCAUCAGUACCUUUACCCACACUCACCUUCUUCCAGCAGCGGCCGCAUUGCUACCAGCCCCAGACCCAGGCUAUUUUUUAGAGUCUACCUCUUUGACUAAAAUUAUUAAAAAGACAGCUUACUACAGGCUUAACGACUUACAAUACCCCAUAGUACUGAAAUCAUUGAAAACAAUAGAGCAUUUGCUCCUUAUUGGAGCAAAUGUUUUAUUUAUUUCAAUGGCUUCAGAAAUUGAAAUUUUUAGAGGUGCGGAAAGGCGCUACUGGGGCUAAAUGGAUUAAACAAAAAGUGCUUUUAUUAAUGUAAUAUGACAUCAAUAAUGAAUCGUAUCACAAGUUACUUUAUUAUUAAAUCUCAUAACUUUCAAACAAACACAAGUACAAUUUGUUCAUUGCAUGUCCAAAACCGGGGCACCAUAAACGUUUGAGUUCCUUUAACAAUGACAAAUAACAUUUACAACAAAGUAAUCAAUAUAUUACAUGUAUAUGGACAAUGCACAAGUGUAUCCUCAGUGUUGUGCGCAGUGUUCAGUUGAUAGCCACCAUUCUUUCCUGCCAGUCCACUGAUCCUGUAGGGGAGUUGCACCAAUGCUUGAGUAGAUUACGCUGCCUCUUCCUAUGGAACGCCAUUACUGACUUCAUAUGACUGUUGUCGUUGUUUGCAGUGCAUUAAUCA